AACUCGGUCAGUCAAAGAAGCACUGUGAUGUACAAUCGGGGAGCUGAAUCGAGCUGAAGAAAAUGUCACUUCUGCUUUGUCAUGCCUGGACUCCGUGCCCUAGCAGAAGGAGCUCAGUAUACCUCGCCUGAAGAACUCAGGAGGAGGAAAUCCAAAUCCUGUCACUGCUUUCUCCUUUCGAUUCGACUCGGAGGAAGUUGUACCCGUUGAAAGGAGUCUUUCGUCUUCAUGACGCUGGUAAAACCGUCGCGUUUUCAUGGAUGCAGACGAAGAGGAAUCGGCGAGGUGCUUCACCGUCGAAACGUAACUCUCUGAACUUAAGUGUAUCGGUUUCUUGUGGGCAGCCAUGGGAUGCGUCUGCGCAAAGUCCGUCCCUAUUGAGGAUAGCUGGGAGAGCCCGAGGGAGCGGCAGCUCGCGCCAUCAGCUGUGCCCUCCCAGGGGAUGGCGCCAGCGAAGCUCUCGGCGUCUGCAGCGGUGUCGUCUUCGAUGCGGGACGAGUUGGUGGCGGUCCGUCUGACAGCAGCGACCUUGGUUGAGAGCAAACAGGGGAACCGGGCGGCCGGAGUUAACGAGCGGGAUGCAGACAUGAGGAGGGAAAGACAAGUACAUACCAGUCAUCAGCACUUGCGGAUGAUCGGCAGUAUUCCAAAUGCAACAGAAGGAGAGCAGGUAGCUGCAGGCUGGCCGCCCUGGCUUGUUGCUGUUGCAGGAGAGGCAAUUCACGGCUUGGUCCCUCGCCGGGCAGAUUCAUUCGAGAGGCUCGACAAAAUAGGUCAAGGAACCUACAGUAGUGUUUACAGGGCUCGUGACAUUGAAAAUGGAAAAAUUGUUGCUUUAAAGAAAGUAAGGUUUGAUAGUCUGGAGCCUGAAAGCGUACGCUUCAUGGCUCGGGAGAUACACAUUCUGCGUAGACUUGAUCACCCCAAUAUAAUAAAUCUGGAAGGCUUGGUAACAUCACGCAUGUCUUGCAGUCUGUACCUUGUUUUUGAGUAUAUGGAGCAUGAUCUUGCGGGGCUUGCUGCUUUUCCUGGUAUCAAAUUCACAGAACCACAGGUCAAAUGUUACAUGCGACAACUAUUGUGCGGUCUUGAUUAUUGCCAUACUCAUGGUGUCCUGCAUCGGGAUAUAAAGGGCUCCAACCUUUUGAUUGACAAUAAUGGCAUUUUAAAAAUUGCAGAUUUUGGCCUGGCAAGUUUCUUCGAUUCUCAACAACAACAACCAUUAACAAGUCGUGUGGUCACUCUGUGGUACAGGCCACCCGAGCUUUUGCUUGGUGCUACUACGUAUGACGUAGCUGUUGACUUAUGGAGUACCGGUUGCAUUCUUGCUGAACUUUAUGCAGGCAAACCUAUAAUGCCUGGAAGGACAGAGGUGGAGCAGCUGCACAAAAUUUUUAAGCUUUGUGGUUCACCAUCUGAUGACUACUGGAGGAAGUCCAAACUGCCACAUGCCACCAUUUUUAAGCCUCAACAACCUUAUAGGCGACGUGUUGCAGAAACAUAUGAGGACUUUCCAGCAUCAGCUUUAGCCCUAAUGGAAGUAUUAUUAUCAGUAGACCCAGCAGAUCGUGGAACUGCAGCUUUUGCUCUGAAGAGUGAGUACUUUACAACAAAGCCUCUUCCUUGCGACCCUUCAACCUUGCCCAAAUACCCUCCAAGUAAAGAGCUUGAUGCUAAAGUACGUGAAGAAGAAACUAGAAGGCAAGGUGCUGCUGGAAGCAAGGUACAAAGAUCAGGCCUAGAAAGGGGAGGACUUGGAGAAUCACGUGCUGUCCCUGCCCCUGAUGCCAAUGCUGAGUUGUCUGUUUCAAUAAAGAAAUGGAAAAAUCAGGGUAAUUCUAAAAGCAGGAGCGAGAAAUUCAAACCAAAUCAAGAGGAAGUUGCCUCUGGCUUUCUGAUUGAACCUCCACAACCAACCCGUGUGCUGGAAGCAGCUGAACUUUCUCAUGGUGAUUAUACUCAUAAAAUUUCUCAUUCAGGGCCUUUAGUUAAUCGGGGACAGUGGGCUUCUGCUAGAAAGAAUGAUGCUGCUGCUUUGAAGCUAUCAUCGGCUGCCAAUUCAGCCAAUUUGUCAUCGCUUUCUGGUUUAGUGGCAGCGAGGAGGAAUUCUUUUUUAGAUGUAGGUGAACGAAAUGGUUCGCAAUUAGAAAAUACUGCUGCAUCUGGAAGAUUAUCUGAAUCUAGAAAUGAGCAUUUAGAAAGAAGGUAUGAUCAGUUGUACCAUGGCGUGUCUCAGAGAAAGGAAGAUGAAAGUGACAACUACAUGAACCAGUCUCUACACCCAGGUUUUGGUCCAAAGGGCAACAAAAUACAUUACUCAGGUCCAUUGCCACGCCCAUCUGGAAAUGUUGAUCAGAUGCUCAAGGAUCAUGACCGACAAAUCCAGGAGGCAAUCCGGCGUGCAAGGAUCGAUAGGUCAAAGGCCAGGAAAAUUCAGGGUGAAGGCAACCUGGUUGGGCCGAGCAUCAAACCCUACAACCUAGGCGUCAUUCCUGUGUAUCCGUCUAGCCGUAGCUCAGUUAUAGUCUUCACUUCCAGUCGCGGGGCUAUACAGCAGUAAGUUCUUUUGAACAAAUUGCUGUUCUUGCAAAUUAUGUUAUAUAAUUGCUUAUUUUAUUUUUUUGGGUGUUAAUUGGGAGGGAAGAUAGUGUUGAUAUAUAGAGAUCUUAUGUAAUGUCGUUUGUCAUGCACAAUUGUUUGAGGAUAAUUUAGAAAUUUUGGAAAAAUUUGCAGCCACUUCAUUUUAGUGAUGCUGCUUUAGCCAUUGAAUGAUCUGUUUUACGUUUGAGCCAGCUCUCACCU